AUGGCAAGAUACAAGAACCUAACCUUUACUCUGAUGUAUUUAGUCCAGGCUUGGAUUUUGGGUGUGGACUCCAAGAUGGUCAGUCUCCCUCUGCAUGAUCCAAAAUCCAACUUCUCCUUAGACAUGGCUCCAGACUCUGUUGAUGACUCCUACAAUGGCUGUGAGGAGAAGAUGCUCAGGAAGGUGCAUGACUAUUACCUGCCAAAAGAGAGAGGAGAGAACAAAGAUUUCAACCAGGCUUGGACUGCUGCUGAGGACCAUUACACAAAAAAAGGAAAACUGUCUAAAAACUAUUCCCUGGCAAUCCAGGUGUAUGUGAAUGCAACAUCCAACAUUUACAAGUCAUUCAACGCAGCCACUCGUACCCAAAAGGAGAGAUACACCACAACAUUCCAGUACCACUCCCUGCACUUCCUUCUGACCAAUGCCUUACGAAUCCUGAACAACAAUUUUGGGAAAUGCUUUAUUAGGCAUUUCCAUACCUUCCGAGGAACCAAUGUGACUUUCUUCUCUGACCGAAAAACUACAAUGCGAUUUGGACAGUUCACCUCGAGCUCUUUAGACAAGAAAAUUGCUAAAGGCUUUGGAACUAAAUCCUGUUUUGAGAUCGCUACCUACUUUGGUGCCCCACUGGGGAAGUACUCUCAGCUACCACAUGAGAAAGAAGUACUGAUUCCCCCCUACGAGGUGUUCAAAAUCACCAAGGUGAUGAGGAGAAAAGACCAGAAAGACCUCUGGUGUGACGUCGUCUACAAACUGCAGAGUACUGAGAAAGGAAAGAGUGACCUGAAAUGCCAGAUGAUUAAUAAAACACUCCAAUGAGAAUAAAAUCAAACCAGCAACACAAGUUUUCUGCUUUCAAUCAAAUAUGACAUGCAGAUUUUAUUUUCAACCCCCAGCAUCCCCACCCAUCAUCGCUCCCGCCUACAAAUGCAGGAAAUAUUCAGUAAUAAAAGCAGUACUUUCCCAACUUUCAGAUUGUCAGGCCAGUCCUGUAAUAAAUGCUACACACAUUGUUUGUUAUAUUGUUAAUAUUUCUUCUGCCAGUGAAUUGGCAUUUGUUGUCAUGUGCAUUGCAGCUUUUGUUAAAACCAAUAAAGAAAAGC